AUGUCACAAUUCGUUCUUUCAACUUUUCGUGGUCGUUUAACAAGUAACGUAACAAAAACGACAUUCAAGACAAAUUUACUUCGCCCAUUGUUAUUAAGUCAUAAUUUUUCUUCAACGACGUCAAAUAAUAAUGCGGUACAAAAUAUUGCAGUAUUUGGGUCGGGACUAAUGGGAGCUGGUAUCGUGCAAGUAGCGGCACAAAAUGGAUUUAAGGUAACAAUGGUAGAUUUGAAUCAAGAAUUUAUUGAUAGAGGAAAGGAAAUUAUUAAUGCAUCAUUAAAAAGGGUAGCAAAAAAACAACAUAAAGAUGAUGCAGCAGCACAAAAAUCUUUAAUUGAAUCAACUUGGUCAAACAUUGAAACUAAUACUGAUAGUGUAAAAGGGGCUGAAAAAGCGGAUUUGAUCAUUGAAGCUAUUGUGGAAAAUUUACAAACCAAACAAAAUUUAUUUCAACAGUUAGAUAAAGUUGCUAAACCCGAUGCUAUCUUUGCUUCAAAUACUAGUAGCUUACCUAUUUCGGAUAUUGCCAAAGCUACUCGAAGACUAGAUAAAUUUGCUGGGUUACAUUUUUUUAAUCCCGUGCCUCAAAUGAAAUUAGUUGAAAUCAUUAAAACUAAUCAAACUAGUGAAGAAACUUAUAAUUCUUUAAAUGAUGUUAUAAUGAAAAUGAAAAAAGCUCCUGUUAUCUGUAAAGAUACUCCCGGAUUUAUUGUGAAUCGACUGCUUGUGCCUUAUUUGAUGGAAGCUAUCCGACUAGUGGAACGUGGUGAGGCUUCUAUUAAAGAUGUUGACACUGCCAUGAAAUUAGGUGCUGGAAUGCCAAUGGGUCCAUUUGAAUUAUGCGAUUUUGUUGGUUUGGAUACCCUCAAGUCCAUUGUUGAUGGAUGGCGUAAAGAUGGAAAGAUUGAUGCUAGUCUUGUUGCUUCAGCUAAAAGUUUAGAUAAUUUGGUAGAAUCCGGACACUUUGGUAAAAAAUCUGGAAAAGGAUUUCAUUCUUAUUCUUAG